UAAUUCUUUUUUCAUUAUAUACCGAUAAUAUAAAUAUAGUUUCAUUGCGCUUUACGAUGUCCAAUCCAUAUUUUAAUGAUGUCGGUAACUUUGGAUCUGGUAUGAAUGCUAAUCCAUCAAAUGGUCCGAUGAAGCACCCGCCUCCACCACAAUUUCCUUCUAGCAUGACCGGUGGAAGUUCUAUUCCCCCUGCUCCUCAUGCUCAAUUACCGCAUGGUCAUACCCCACCACCAACCAGCUAUCAAUACAACAAUACACAGCAUCAUCCAUCAACAAAUGCUUGGCCUACCAAUCAAGGUUCUAUGGCCAAUAUGCCCCCUGCUACAAGUGGAUAUAACAUGAAUGGUUUGGUUGGAUUGACCCCAAGUUCGGGGGCUCGUAAUUCCACUCCACCAUCUGGUCCUCCCCAUUCACAGAAUAUGAAUCUCUCAAAUCAUGUGCCAAGUUCCCAAUAUAGUUCUCAAAACAUGCCACCACCACCAAUUAGCCAAUCUACUAUGAAUCAGAGAGCAGGUUUUAACCCCAAUUACUCACAUGGUGGUUAUCCUUCAAUGGGUUCAAAUGUUCCUACCAGUGCUCAUGCUCCUAUGUCCAAUACCGCACCUUAUUCACCAAACAAAGUUCACAACACCAUGCCUCCACCACUGAUGGGUCAAAAUAUAAAUACACCAUUACCACCAACAUCAGACAAUUUUCCAAAACAGCCACCAAAUCCAACUCAAUUUCACCACAUGCAACAACGACCACCACCUUCUAUGAUGCAGAACCAGCUGCCGCCUCCAACGAGUGAACAAAUUCCAAGACAAAUGCACCAUCCUGGGCAACAUCAUCAACCACAUCAACCCCAACUGCUUCCCCCUGUUCCAGGAGCAGGAAUGCCACCAAGUGUUCCAGGUCCAGGACAAUAUCCUUUCUCUUCGGCAUCUGGUAUUACGCAUGGUAUGAGUAAUAUGGGAAUUGAUGACAAACAUCGGCCUAUCAAUAUUAUGAUGGAGAGACGACUGUUACCUUUGAAAAAGCAUCAACAGAAGCCACUACAAUUUGAAGCAGGUCCAGGUGACAGGGGUUUAAUACCACCAAAACAAAAGAACUGCAACACGGAUGUUUUCCGAUGCACACUCAAUGCAAUUCCAAGCACACAAGCACUUUUGAACAAGGUUAAGUUACCUCUCGGCCUAAUCAUUCAUCCAUUCAAAGAUCUCAGCUCACUACCUGUAAUAUCAGCAGGAACUAUUGUACGUUGCAAAAGAUGUCGAACCUACAUCAAUCCGUUUGUAAAUUUUUUGGAUGAAAGAAGGUGGAGAUGCAAUCUAUGUUUUGUUGUUAACGAAGUACCUGAAGAAUUUCUACAUCAUCCAGUCACGAAAACUUAUGGUGAACCCCAUACUAGACCGGAAUGCACUAAUGCAACUUUGGAAUUUAUUGCUCCUCAAGAAUAUAUGGUUCGGCCACCACAACCUGCGGUAUACAUGUUUCUCUUUGAUGUAUCUCACUCUGCUGUUGAAACUGGAUAUUUGCAAGUUGUCUGUGAUGCUUUGUUGGAUCAUCUUGAUCACUUACCUGGAGACUCGAGAACUAAAAUAGGUUUUCUUUCUUACAAUGGAACAGUGCAUUUCUACAGGUUGGCAGAGGGAUCAUCGCAACCACAAAUGCUUGUUGUUUCUGAUCUUGAUGAUAUAUUUUUGCCAACGCCGGAUUCUCUUCUUGUUAAUUUACGAGAAGGAAAAGAACUUGUUAGUGAUUUGUUGCGUCAAUUACCCGAGCUACAUGAACCACCUGAUAAUUUAUCUCGCGGAGAAGUUGAAACUCAAAGUGCACUUGGAUCCGCUCUACAAGCUGCACAGAAAAUGAUGGCUGCUUUUGGCGGGCGUAUCACCGUAUUUCAACAGUCCAUGCCUACAACAGGCCCAGGAGCUUUGAAACCUCGAGAAAAUCCAAAUUCUAGAGCUGGAGAUACUGCAACAGAUUGUCUGAAUCCAUCGACUGAUUUUUACAAAAAACUUGCUUUGGAUAGUUCAGCUCAUCAAGUCGCAAUUGAUUUCUUUUUUAUGAAUUCUCAAUACAUUGACAUUGCAACUUUAUCAUGUACUUCUCGUUUUUCUGCCGGCGAUCUGCAUUAUUAUCCUGGUUUACAUGCGACUCAUAAUCCUGUACAAAUUGAACGUUUAUCUCGAGACUUGGAUCGUUAUUUAACAAGGAAAAUUGGUUUUGAAGCUGUCAUGAGAAUAAGGUGCACCAAAGGAAUUGCAAUCCACACUUUUCAUGGAAAUUUCUUUGUACGGUCAACCGAUCUACUUGCACUUGCAAAUAUCAAUCCAGAUGCUGGAUUUGGUUUAAAUUUAAGCAUAGAAGAAAGCUUAACAGAUUUAUCAUCAGUUUGUGUGCAAGCUGCAUUGUUGUAUACUUCUAGUAAGGGUGAAAGAAGGAUUCGUGUCCACACAAUGUGCUUUCCUGUUGCCAAACAUAUGGGUGAAAUAUUUAACAAUGUAGAUUCUGAUGCUGUUGUUUCACUUUUAUCAAAAAUGGCUGUUGAUCGAAGUAUAACAUCCAAGAUAUCAGAUGCAAGGGAUGCAUUAAUAAAUGCAGUUAUUGAUGCAUCGAAAGCUUAUAAAGAAACUAUCAGUCCAGGUUCUGUUGAUAAUUCUCUACUUGUUCCACCUUGUAUGAAGACCUUUCCUCUUAUGAUAAGCUGCUUGAUGAAACAUCCGGCUUUCCGUUCUGGUGUUUCCACACGUCUCGAUGAUCGAGUAUUUUCUAUGAUUGAUUUGAAAAUGCAACCUACUUGUUUUGCAUUGCAAUCCAUUCAUCCUGACUUAUAUAGAGUUGAUGAUCUUUCAGAUGAGGAUGGAUUGGACAUUGAUGAAAGAAUUGUUCCGCAACCUCAGAUACUGCCGUUGUCUGCUGAAUCUAUUAAUCGUGAUGGAGUAUAUUUACUUGAUGCCGGUUGGCACAUGUACUUACAUGUCGGUCCGACUGCAAACAGAGAAUUUUUGCAAAAUGUGCUCGGAGUGAAACAAUUCAGUGAUAUAGAACAACCAAUGUAUUCACUGCCGGAUUUGGACAAUCCAAUGUCAGAGACUUUUCAUAACUUCUUGGAAUGGUUGCAAGAUCAGCGACCGCAUUAUGCACCUAUGCAAGUUGUAAGAGCGGACAGUCGAGAACAUUAUUACUUCAUGCUACACAUGAGACAAGACAAAACUGAAUCUUCUAUGUCAUUGCAAGAAUUCCUACAACAUGUUCAGCAACACCUCGUGAAAAAAUAACAGAACUCUCAAUGGGAUAUAGAUGACUGAAAAAAUUUAUCGAUGUAGUAUUUUAAUUCUUAACUUAUUUGGUUGCUAUGUGGGGGCUGUUUAAAAUUAAAUGUACUAUUCCCUUCUAUUUUUGAUGGAACAAAAGUUAUUUUACUUCCUAAUGUAUUUGUUAUCAAACUUUACUAUUUGAUUUAAAUCAAAUUAUUUUGAUCAGAUUUUUGCUUCGAAUAAAAAUAAUCUUGACAAAUAAAUGAUUACCAAGUAUGGUGAGCCUCUGUUGGCCUACACACGUUGCAACAUCAGCGAUCUCAAACUAAUUUCAUUUUUGUAAUAUUUCCAAUGGUUGCGUAAUAGUUAUUGCAAAUGUACAAAAAAAAUUUCGGGAGCAAGUAAUUAUGGUUCAUAAAAAAUUAUAAGGAAGGUAUUAAAGACUGGAUAAGGGAGCUAAUAAUCAAAAUACAGAUUUUGAUACUCUAUUAAGCAAAUAUACUAGUUCUAAAUUUAACCAUGAAAUGUAUUAAUUGUAGUUCCAACUACCCACAAACACAGGGCUCAAUGUAUCUGCUCCAAAUGUUCAUUUAUAAUGCUUCUAGGUGAUAUAAUGGGUGCAAGUUUUCACAGUAAAAUGUACGUAGAGCAUGAUUUGUCUGUCAUUCUGAAUCAUAAUUUUUUCAUCCAAUAUAUAGAUGGAAUCCAUCAUAUGGAAAACGGUGAUUACAGUUUUGGCUUAUUUAUUUUAUCACCAUUCUCAAGUAUUUUAGAGGCUGUUGUAUUUAAGUUACUAAUAACACCAGACCAAACAAAGUACUGUAGUUUUACGAGUCUACAAGAUAUUUAGUUUGAAUGGUUUUGGACAUCUCUUACUUUUCAAUAACCUAUCCCAUUGAAUCUGAAGAGUUACUUUAGUAUGUGUGCUCUUUUUGAAUUGGCAUCUGCUUUACUAGGAUAAUAUUUGGAAAAAAAGGUAACAACAUUAACACUUAAACAUAAUCAUAUAGUUUAGAAUAAUGCAGAUAGAUACCAACUGAUCUCUGUUAGGUUGGAAUAAUUGUACAUGUGCAAUAGAUGUGUCAUCAGCCAUUUUAUUGACAUCAAAAAGGUAUAUGUCUGUUGUAUAGUAGGUUCAAUAUAUAUAUGUAUAAAACCUGUAUUUCUGUUUAGCAUUUUGAUUGCUUCAAUUAUAUUACUAAGUUUGAAACUGCAUUUAAGAAAAAGAUAAACUUUAUUGUUUUGGUAUGUAGAUUAUUCUUUUCAUAUGAAUUCAAUGAUUCACAUGAAAUAAUUUCAAUAUGAGCAAAUCAGUGGUGGUUCAUGUCCAUCAUGGUCUGGUGUAAUUUUGGUACAACAUAAUAAAUUUGCUCAUUCUUUUUGUGGACAUUCUCAAUUCAUAAAUUUUUGUUGUUGUAUAAAUUUGAUUUCAAUGUGUAAUGAGUGAUUUUAGUGCUUCCUCUCCCACUGUCAGAAAAUAAUUCGACUCGACAGUUUUUUGAAAGACAAUACGAUUAAAGUUCUGUUACUAUGAGUUCAAAAUUUUUCUGCGUAUUAUUUAUUCGUCAACAAAUUUCGGAGGCACAUUUUUGAGCGUUUUUCAGCCUUUCUGUUUUUAACCUAUCAAGCAUUAUGAUCUUGUUUAAUGUCUAACAAGUUAAGAUAAAGGGGAACAAUUUGGCAUAUAUGGGUAUUACUAUUUUUUGUCUUUCUUCGUUCAAUAAUGCUUUUAUGGGAAAUCUCAAAAUCAGAGAUUGAGAAAUGCAUAUAUCGCUUUAUUUGGGACUCCAUUGAAGUAGCAAACAGAACAACAAUGUCAUAAUGCAAAAAUAGGAUGCCAUGAUACCUUUUAAAUGUGCCUAUAACGUAAUGGUUUUUCUCCUUUAAAUUCACUUUUUACUUCUGUGGAAUAGUGGACAACAAUAAGAUGAUGAAUCUCAUCCUGUUAUAUGGACAGCAUUAGAGAACAUAAUAUGGUGCGAUUCAAAUUCGUACAAUACAGUUGAUUUCUUACUAAUUGUGAAACAAUUUGCCUAAUUUUUUGUCUCUGUUGACAUAAACCUGUGCUGUUGUACAUAAUAUUGAGUAUUGUAUAUUGAUAGACUUGGUAGAAUUAUUUAACACGAAAAUUUAACAUUAGUUGAGAUGUUUCUCAUGUAUUUCAAAUGUUACAAGCUUUUAUCUUAAUUAAUAUGUGUAUUUAGUAAAGUACUGCAAUUUGAUGUUUUUGUUGUAAUGCAUUGUAUGAAAAUAGUAUGUUGUAUGCCCCAAGCUAUCGAUGCUGUGUAAGCUACUUAAUAAAAUUACAUUAUAUUUCA